AGGCAGGGCGGGCGGCGGGAGCGGCCGCUGCCUGAGCGCUUCCUGCCCGAGCCGGGCGGAUCCCACAAAGGGCUCGGCGGCGCGGCCUCUCCGCCGGCAGCCCCCCGCCAUGGCCGGCACCAGCUCCAUCGACGCCGUCAAGAAGAAGAUCCAGAGCCUGCAGCAGGUGGCCGACGAGGCGGAGGAGCGCGCCGAGCACCUGCAGCGGGAGGCCGAUGCCGAGCGGCAGGCCCGGGAGCGGGCUGAGGCUGAAGUGGCUUCUCUGAACCGCCGUAUCCAGCUGGUGGAGGAGGAGCUGGACCGAGCCCAGGAGCGCCUGGCCACCGCCCUGCAGAAGCUGGAGGAGGCUGAGAAGGCGGCUGAUGAGAGUGAGAGAGGCAUGAAGGUCAUCGAAAACAGGGCCAUGAAGGAUGAGGAGAAGAUGGAGCUCCAGGAAAUGCAGCUGAAGGAGGCGAAGCACAUAGCGGAGGAGGCUGACCGCAAAUACGAGGAGGUCGCCCGCAAGCUGGUCGUCCUUGAGGGAGAGCUGGAGCGCUCAGAGGAGAGGGCAGAGGUGGCAGAGAGCCGAGUGAGACAGUUGGAAGAAGAGCUGCGGACCAUGGACCAGACUCUCAAAUCCCUCAUUGCCUCAGAGGAAGAGUAUUCCACCAAGGAGGACAAGUAUGAGGAGGAAAUCAAGCUUCUAGGGGAAAAACUGAAGGAGGCUGAGACCAGGGCGGAGUUUGCAGAGAGGUCUGUGGCGAAGCUGGAGAAAACCAUCGAUGAUCUAGAAGAGCGCUCCCGGCAGGAGGCUGAGAAAAACCGCGUUCUCACUAAUGAGCUACGGGUCAUCCUUACCGAACUUAACAACUGAGUUGCCCAGAGCUCCCGGCCCCAGCCCAGCCUCCCACACCCAGGCUGCUGCCGGCCCUGCUCCCUGCCCUGGUUUGGUCAGGCUGGCUCAGGGCUGGGAGCCCCUGCCCGCUCCCCGCUGGGGCUAGGUGGGGUGCGGAGCCUUAUCCCCCUGGGUGUAACCACCCUGUUUGGGGGCCACCGGGAGCCCCUCUGGAGCUGAUGAUUGUUUUUUCUUGGGAGAGGAAUGAGGGGUUUUGUGAUGUUCUGGGAUGCCCACACAGUGAUGGCUGUUCCCCGGCAUCAGCCUGGCCCCGCUGGGGAGGGAUGCAGUGGUUUGUAUCGCUGCCUUCCUCCCCUUGUCCCAGGAGUCAGCGGCCAGCCUCAUCCUCCUCACUCUGGUCACCCCAAACUGUGCAGAGAGGAUCCCCUCAGAGUGGGGUCCCUGCAGAGUGGUGGGAGGGCUGGGAUAGGAUCUGGCAGCACGCGCUGCCACAAACUUGAGGUGAGGGACAGGGAAGAACCCAGCAGGGAGUGCUGGGGGGGUGGAGCUGGUUGGGCAGAGCUCUUGUCCCAUCCCCAUCUCCAGAGGCAAGGAGAAUGCUGUUUGGAAGCGAGUACCGGAGGAGGCUGCCUCGGCAGCAGGCUGCCUGGCAGAGCUUGUCCCUGCAGCCUCAUUAGCUCUGCUCCUUCUCUAUCUGUUGUCCUCUCUGCCCACUUUCCCGGGUUGCUCUCUCACUCCUCUUCAUGGAGCACUGCUGGGUCAUGCUGCAGGCACUGACUCUCCUCUUUCACUGGUCAAGGGUUUGUGCACGUGCCCACAGCUGGCCAGCCAGUCGUGAUGCCUUGGGGCAGGACAUGCUGGUGGCUGGCCAGGAAAUGGUACCCAUGGCGCAGAGGGCCUGGCUGUGGGCAAUGGGGUGCCAGGGAAGGAUGGAAGUGCCAAAGAGCGGGAACUGCCUGCCCCCAGUGACCAGCCCAGCUGGCCUGGCCACGCCAGCAGGUCCCAGAGCGGCUGGGUUCAUGCCUGCUGGCAGUGGGGCCACCUGCAUGGACUCAGUUCUGCAGGGACGUCCUGCUCGUCUGGAGGCUGGCACUAUACUGAAAUGUCCAUCUGUGUGUGUGUGUCUGUGCUUCGUGUGGUGUGCCUGGGUCUGGCUGCACCUGGGUGCACUUGGGCUGUGUCCGUGUGCGUGGCUGGGUGUCCCUUG